AUGGCGACGUCGAGGGCCGCUCUCUGCGCUGUUGCGGUUGUGUGCGUGGUGCUUGCGGCUGCCUGCGCGCCCGCGCGCGCGAUAUACGUGGGCACGCCGGCUGCUGCGCUGUUCGAGGAGUUCAAGCGGACGUACCAGCGCGCGUACGGGACGCUGACCGAGGAGCAGCAGCGGCUGGCGAACUUCGAGCGCAACCUGGAGCUGAUGCGCGAGCAUCAGGCGAGGAACCCACACGCGAGGUUCGGGAUCACGAAGUUCUUUGACCUGUCGGAGGCGGAGUUCGCCGCGCGCUACCUGAACGGCGCCGCGUACUUCGCAGCGGUGAAGCAGCACGCCGGCCAGCACUACCGCAAGGCGCGCGCGGACCUGUCGGCGGUGCCUGAUGCGGUGGACUGGCGCGAGAAGGGCGCCGUGACGCCGGUGAAGAAUCAGGGUGCGUGCGGGUCGUGCUGGGCGUUCUCGGCGGUCGGCAACAUCGAGUCGCAGUGGGCCGUUGCCGGCCACAAGCUGGUGAGGCUGUCGGAGCAGCAGCUGGUGAGCUGCGAUCACGUGGACAAUGGUUGCGGCGGCGGGCUGAUGCUGCAGGCAUUCGAGUGGGUGCUGCGAAACAUGAACGGGACCGUGUUCACGGAGAAGAGCUACCCCUACGUCUCCGGCAACGGUGAUGUGCCCGAGUGCUCGAACAGCAGUGAACUCGCUCCCGGUGCGCGAAUCGACGGGUACGUGUCGAUGGAAAGCAGCGAAAGAGUUAUGGCUGCGUGGCUUGCGAAGAAUGGCCCCAUCUCGAUUGCGGUCGACGCCAGCUCCUUUAUGUCUUACCAUAGCGGCGUCCUGACCAGCUGCAUUGGUGAGCAGCUGAACCACGGCGUGCUGCUCGUUGGGUACAACAUGACUGGUGAGGUUCCGUACUGGGUGAUCAAGAACUCGUGGGGUGAGGACUGGGGCGAGAAGGGCUACGUGCGCGUGACCAUGGGGGUGAACGCGUGCCUGCUCACUGGGUACCCCGUGUCCGUGCAUGUGUCGCAGAGCCCCACCCCUGGCCCAAACACGACCACCACGACGCACGCUCCUAAACGGGUGACGGUGAAGCAGAUCACCUGCACGGAUUAUUUCUGCCGAAAGGGGUGCAAGACGACGGUGAUCCCCACGAAAGAGUGCCUGCCGAACGGGGCAGGCGGCUCUUUUCAGAUGGAGUGCGGUGACCAUCAGGUGUUGAAGCUCACCUACACCUCCAUGAAUUGCACUGGUGAGGCCAAGUAUACGGUGACAAGGGAGGGUAAGUGCGGGAUAUCGUGGUCCGGCUCGAGCAAGAGCAUUUGCCAGUACGUGUAG